CUCCAGUUUCGUUGUCAUUGUGGUCCAUAGCGGAGCAGAAGCUGCAGUAGCAGAGCACACACUCCUUUCAGGCUCCAAUGGCGGAUAUCAUGUGCUCUGCAUCUUUGAUCCGAGCUCUCUCCUUGUAGAGCAGCAAAUCCGGACGUAGAUCUGAAAGCGAAGCAGCGGAGUGCGGCACUACCAUGGCGGAGGCGGGGGACGCGAAGGCGGCAGCGGCGGAUGGGGGAGAGAAGAAGAGGCAGGAGCAGAGCGCAGCGUUCUACGAGCUCUUCUCCUUCGCCGAUCGUUGGGACUACCUGUUGAUGGCGGCGGGGAGUGUGGGAGCGGUGGUCCAUGGCUCCGCCAUGCCCGUUUUCUUCCUCCUCUUCGGUGACCUCGUCAAUGGCUUCGGGAAGAACCAGCAUCACCUAUCCGUCAUGACCCAUGAGGUCUCCAAGUUUGCCCUCUAUUUCGUCUACCUUGGGUUGGUGGUUUGCUUGUCCUCUUAUGCAGAGAUCGCAUGCUGGAUGUACACUGGUGAGCGGCAGGCCAGCGCGCUUCGCUGUAAGUACCUGGAGGCGGUUCUCCGGCAAGAUGUCGGAUUCUUCGACACCGACGCGAGGACCGGCGACAUAGUCUUUAGCGUCUCCACUGACACCCUCCUUGUCCAAGACGCCAUCAGCGAGAAGGUCGGAAAUUUUAUCCACUAUCUUUCCACCUUCCUAGCUGGACUGGUGGUAGGUUUCGUUUCAGCCUGGAGAUUAGCCCUCCUCAGUGUCGCGGUCAUUCCCGGGAUCGCCUUUGCUGGAGGACUAUACGCUUACACUCUCACCGGGCUUACAUCAAAGAGCCGUGAAUCGUAUUCCAACGCCGGCGUUGUCGCCGAACAGGCAAUUGCACAAGUUCGGACUGUGUACUCCUUUGUUGGUGAAAGCAAAGCACUAAACUCCUAUUCCGAAGCAAUCCAAAACACACUGAAACUUGGAUACAAGGCAGGGAUGGCUAAAGGCCUUGGAAUUGGCUGCACAUAUGGAAUUGCUUGCAUGUCAUGGGCUCUGGUAUUUUGGUAUGCUGGUGUUUUUAUUAGGAAUGGGCAAACUGAUGGUGGGAAGGCUUUCACAGCAAUAUUUUCUGCUAUUGUUGGUGGCAUGAGCCUAGGUCAAUCAUUCUCAAAUCUUGGGGCCUUUAGCAAAGGAAUGACUGCUGGAUACAAGUUAUUGGAGAUUAUCCGACAAAAACCCUCUAUAGUCCAAGAUCAAUGCGAUGGGAAGUGUUUGGAAGAGGUUCAUGGAAAUAUAGAAUUCAAAGAAGUAACUUUUAGCUAUCCAUCAAGGCCAGAUGUCAUUAUCUUCCGAGAUUUCUCUCUUUUCUUCCCAGCAGGGAAGACAGUUGCAGUUGUUGGAGGAAGUGGAUCAGGAAAGAGUACUGUCGUGGCUCUAAUAGAAAGAUUUUAUGAUCCUAACCAAGGGCUGGUGCUGCUUGACAAUGUUGAUUUAAAGACAUUGCAGCUAAAAUGGCUGAGAGAGCAAAUUGGCCUGGUUAAUCAAGAACCUGCACUAUUUGCUACUACAAUACUUGAGAACAUACUGUAUGGGAAACCGGAUGCAACAUUUGCUGAAGUUGAAGCUGCUGCCUCUGCUGCUAAUGCUCAUACCUUUGUAUCACAACUUCCAAAUGCAUACAGUACCCAGGUAGGAGAACGGGGAGUCCAGUUGUCUGGUGGACAGAAACAACGAAUUGCCAUUGCCCGGGCCAUGUUAAAGAAUCCCAAAAUCCUUCUCCUUGAUGAAGCUACUAGUGCUCUAGAUGCUGGCUCUGAGAGCAUUGUCCAAGAAGCCCUCGACCGCAUCAUGGUCGGAAGAACUACUGUGGUUGUUGCACAUCGGUUGUCAACUAUAAGAAAUGUGGAUAUGAUUGCUGUGAUCCAGCAGGGUCAAGUUGUGGAAACUGGGAGCCAUGAAGAACUACUGUCAAAAGGGGCCUCUGGAGCUUAUGCCUCUUUGAUUCGGUUCCAGGAGAUGGCAAGGAACAGAGAUUUUGGUGGUCCAUCCACUCGAAGAUCCCGAUCUUCACGACUGAGCCAUUCACUUUCCACAAAAUCAUUAAGUUUGCGAUCUGGUAGCUUAAGAAAUUUGAGCUACCAGUACAGCACUGGAGCAGAUGGCCGCAUUGAGAUGGUGUCUAAUGCUGAUAAUGUUCGCAAGUAUCCUGCACCUCGAGGCUACUUCUUCAAGCUUUUGAAGCUAAAUGCACCUGAAUGGCCUUAUACAAUGAUGGGUGCAAUUGGAUCAGUUUUAUCUGGCUUCAUAGGCCCUACUUUUGCAAUCGUUAUGAGCAACAUGAUCGAAGUUUUCUACUACAGGGACCCAAAUGCCAUGGAGAGAAAGACCAGGGAAUAUGUGUUCAUAUACAUCGGCACUGGCCUUUAUGCAGUUGUUGCCUACUUGGUUCAACAUUACUUCUUUAGCAUUAUGGGAGAAAAUCUUACAACUAGGGUGAGGAGAAUGAUGCUUGCCGCAAUCUUGAGGAAUGAAGUGGGCUGGUUCGAUGAGGAAGAGAACAAUUCAAGCCUGGUGGCUGCACGUUUAGCCAACGAUGCGGCUGAUGUGAAGUCUGCAAUAGCUGAAAGGAUCUCUGUAAUCCUGCAGAACAUGACCUCACUGUUAACUUCAUUCAUAGUCGGCUUCAUCAUUGAAUGGCGCGUUGCUCUACUCAUUCUUGCCACCUUCCCUCUCCUGGUCCUUGCCAACUUUGCUCAACAACUCUCACUUAAGGGCUUCGCCGGCGACACCGCUAAGGCCCAUGCCAAAACCAGCAUGAUCGCUGGCGAAGGUGUUAGCAACAUCCGCACGGUGGCCGCAUUCAACGCGCAGGAUAAGAUACUUUCCCUCUUCGCCAGCGAGCUGCGCGUUCCCCAGCAACGCAGCCUCCGCCGGAGCCAGACCUCGGGCUUCCUCUACGGCCUCUCCCAGCUCUGCCUCUAUUCCUCUGAAGCCCUCAUCCUCUGGUACGGCGUUCAUCUCGUUCGUGACGGCUCCUCCACCUUCUCCAAGGUCAUCAAGGUCUUCGUUGUCCUUGUCGUCACCGCCAACUCCGUCGCUGAGACUGUCAGCCUCGCCCCUGAGAUUAUCCGCGGCGGCGAGUCGAUCCGCUCCGUAUUUGCCAUUCUCAAUCGAGGCACCCGCAUCGAGCCCGACGACCUUGACGCUGAGCCGGUGGACUCCAUCCGUGGUGAGAUCGAACUACGGCACGUUGACUUUGCGUACCCUUCUCGUCCUGACGUCGUCAUCUUUAAAGACUUCAACUUGCGCAUCCGUGCCGGCCAAAGCCAGGCUCUUGUCGGCGCGAGUGGAUCCGGCAAGAGCACCGUCAUAGCAUUAAUUGAAAGAUUCUACGAUCCCACGGCGGGCAAGGUGCUGAUCGACGGCAAGGACAUCAAACGACUCAGCUUGAAGCAACUGCGGCUCAGGAUCGGGCUGGUGCAGCAGGAGCCGGUGCUCUUCGCCGCCAGCAUCAUGGAAAACAUUGCUUAUGGCAGGGACGGCGCCACGGAAGAGGAAGUAGUCGCCGCAGCGCGCGCUGCUAAUGUGCAUGGCUUUGUGAGUGCGCUUCCGGAGGGGUACCGGACGGCUGUGGGAGAGCGGGGCGUGCAGCUUUCUGGCGGGCAGAAGCAGCGGAUUGCCAUCGCCCGGGCGGUGCUCAAGGAUCCAACGGUGCUGCUGCUGGACGAGGCAACCAGCGCGCUAGACGCUGAGUCCGAGUGCGUGCUGCAGGAAGCGCUCGAGCGGCUGAUGAAGGGGCGCACCACCGUGCUGGUGGCGCACCGCCUCUCCACCAUCCGCGCCGUCGACUCGAUUGGGGUGGUGCAGGACGGCCGCAUCCUGGAGCAGGGCAGUCAUACCGAACUCCUCACGCGGGCCGACGGGGCCUACUCCCGGUUGCUGCAGUUGCAACACUAUCAUGUCUGACAACGAUGCCGGAGACCACUACCGUUCUAAUCGGUGGUUGCAGGUGCCGUGGUAUUAACUGGAAUGCUGCUGUUAUGAUCUAUAAAAUAUUCUGUCGGAACUCGAACUCAAUUGGUCUUUUAAUGGUGAAAUGCAACGUAGAGGUCCGAAGUGCUGGUGAACUUCCUCAAA